GCUUCAAAUUCAUCAAGACCACCAAUUAAAAAAUAAAUAAACGAAGCACAAAGGCAUUAAUUAAUGGAGAAGUGUUGGGAAAUGUCUGCUUAUGGUUUCCUCUUCCUUCUUACCUUCCUUACCAGCCUGAGACCUUCUAUACAGCAACCUAGACCUGAGUACGUCGGUUUUGUUUGUUCGAGUUCCUAUUCUACUUACCUCGAAAACAGCACAUACUCUUCUAAUCUCACAUGGCUUUUGACCUAUCUUUCUUCCAAAGAAAAUUAUUUAUCCUCCAAUGGGUUCCUAUGCCUUCCGCGGGGAGAAUAUCCCGACAUAGUUUUCGGACUUUACCUCUGCCGCCGAGACUUGUCCCUGGAAGUCUGUCGUGACUGUGUCAACUUCGCCGUCAAGGACAUUCGAAAUCAGUGUACAAAUGGGAAGGAGGCUAUCAUAUACUACGACCAUUGCAUGCUUCGAUACGCUAACCGGAAUAUUCUCUCGGAUCCAGUAACAACAACUGGACAGUUCAUGAGAAACCAAAACACUGUUCCGGCAAACCAAUCAGAUCAGUUCAAUAAGGUACUCCUCUCUUUGAUUAAUGAAACCGUAGAGGAGGCUGCUGCUAGUCCAAUAAAGUUUGCGUUUAACAAGGCGAACUACACAGCCUCCCAAACGAUUUAUGUACUGGGUCAGUGCACGCCUGAUCUGACAAGCGAAAACUGCUCAAGCUGUCUGCAACAAGCCAUCAUGAACUUGUCUCGUGAUACAAUCGGAGCACGGUUUUCUUGGCCAAGUUGUAAUAUAAGGUACGAGCCUAACCUUUUCUACAAUGAAACCUUCAAUCCAUCUACUCCUCCUCCUCCUCGGCAGCCUCGUAGGAGUCCUCGGCAGCCUGGAAAAGGCAAAAAAUCCAUAGUGAUAAUCACAGCAAUAGUUGUGCCAUUAGCCCUUUCUGCUAUGCUUUUCAUAGCUUGUUAUUGUUUCCGUGCAAAGAGAGCCAAGAAAACUUAUGAGACAGCAGCUGCACAUGAUGAUGGUGAUGAUAUUACAACAGCAGGCUCCUUGCAGUUUGAUUUUAAAGUUAUUGAAGCCGCAACUGAUAAGUUUUCGGAAAGUAACAAACUCGGUCAAGGUGGAUUUGGAGAAGUUUACAAGGGCACAUUUCCUAAUGGGUUACAAGUUGCAGUGAAGAGACUAUCGAAAACAUCAGGACAAGGUGAAAAAGAGUUCAAGAAUGAGGUUCUUGUUGUGGCAAAGCUUCAACACAAAAAUCUUGUCAGGCUUCUCGGAUUUUGUUUAGAGAGAGAGGAGAAAAUACUUGUCUACGAGUUUGUGCCUAACAAAAGCCUUGAUUACUUUCUCUUUGACUCUACAAUGAAAAGUCAACUUGACUGGACAAGACGGUACAAGAUCAUUGGAGGAAUUGCUAGAGGGAUUCUUUAUCUACAUCAAGAUUCACGACUCACAAUCAUACAUCGUGACCUCAAAGCGGGUAACAUCCUCUUGGAUGAUGAUAUGAACCCAAAAGUUGCAGAUUUUGGAAUGGCACGGAUUUUUAAAAUGGACCAAACGGAAGCCAAUACGAGAAGAGUAGUUGGAACCUAUGGCUAUAUGUCUCCGGAAUAUGCCAUGUACGGCAAAUUCUCCAUGAAAUCAGAUGUAUACAGCUUUGGGAUCUUAGUUCUUGAAAUUAUAAGCGGCAAGAAAAACAUCGGUACCUAUCAAAUGGAUAGUAGCGAGGGCAAUUUGGUUACAUAUACUUGGAGAGUAUGGAACAAUGAGUCACCAAUGGAGGUCGUGGAUCCAUCCUUUCAAGAUAGCUAUCAAAUAAACGAAAUUACCAGAUGCAUCCAUAUUGCUUUACUAUGUGUUCAAGAAGAAGCUGAAGAUCGUCCAACCAUGUCAACGGUCGUCCAGAUGCUCACUACUAGCUCAAUCGCUCUGGCUGCUCCUCGACCACCUGGAUGUUUCUUUCAGACUAAGCAUGAAAAAUUUGGUCCAUCGAUGGGUUCGUCUGCUCUAUGUUCCGUUGAUGAUGCUUCUAUUACUCAUGUAACUCCUCGCUGAAGACAACGAAACGUUUCAGAGAGAUUAUGACAAUGAAACAAGAUUUGUCUUAAUUUACCUUCUUCCAUUAUUUUGAAUUUUACAUGAGUGCCCCUCAAGCAAGUGUAAGAUACUCUUAUUUACUACAUAAUGGGGGCAAAAGAGUGAAGAGACAGUGGCCUAAUUGUUGAUUCUUGGCACUAGGUUUGUUUUGUUGGAACAGAGAGAUGUGUUAGCUAAGUACGAUAUUGUGUAGAAUUUUGUGAGGAAAAUACUCAAAAUAGAGAGGUGAGAAUGAUGUAAGUAAGCAUGUAUGAGUUCCAUGUU